GGGGUACGAAGGGGAACGAUCGCUGAGGCCGUUGAAUAUCGUCCGAAGGAAGAGGUACGAACGAGGACAAAGGGGAUGUCAUGGGUUUGAGGUUCAGGGAGACGAGGAGGAGAAGGAAAAGGUGGAGAUGGACGAGAAGGAGGUGAAAGCGGGGGAAGAGGUGGUGGUGAUGGUGGGAGUAAAGGAGGUGAAGAAGGACGGGGAAGAGGAGGUCAAAAUAGAGGAGAAGGAGAAGCCGGUCGAGCUGUCAGACUCGGCGGGAGAUGUGGGAUCGAAGGUAGACUCGGGAAUCGGAAGAAGGUUGACUCUUCGGAUCGAUCAGGAUCCACAGACCGCGACCGCUACUACCGCUAGUACUUCGACCACUACGACAUCUAUCACCACCACCAUCGGCACUCUCGACCUCCCGAACUCGCAGGUUCACGAUCACAAUCCACCGCUCGCGGAUGCUCCAUUUUCAUUUCCACCCUUACAACCGACCACAUCCACGUCCAUAUCUACAUCAAGGACUUCUCUUCUCCCACCCAUCCUCCCUGAACUGCUUAUCGACCAAACCCCGUUCAGCUCGCUCGCCGGUGUUCAGUUGCAAGUACUAGCGACCCCGACCCCACCGAGAAAGACUUCGGUUCGUCCGCCGGUCUUGCCUGAACUUCGGAUCGAUGGGACUUCACUCGAGUUCGGGUUCUUAGGAGAGUUUUCGGGUUCUCGGAUGGAAGGUGCUGAAGAAGAUGAUGGGUGAUUCGGUGGCAGACCAUCGGGGAAGAUUGACAAUUCGGAGCGGGUGGGGUGGGAAGGAUGACGGGUGCGGAGAGUCAGGGCUGGAUAUGGAGCGAGAGAUGGUACAGCGGUGAGGAUUGACUGAAGAUGGAAGAGGGGUCGUGGUGACCGGACGGGAUGAAAGAGGACUACCCGGUCUUUGACGGUGGGAGUAGGCGUAUUUUGAGUGAAAUGACUGCAGGAUGUACGCUUUGUUGGCUACUUAUAAUGAAAAGACUGUAUAUGAGAUGACAUUGAUACCCGGUG